AAAAAAAAAAAAAGAGUUGGAAUCUCGUACAAAUCGAGCUUCGUUUUUCUUGAUUCGAGCCCCUUCUCCCUCUUGCCCCUCGACUCUUUGCAAGUCCUUCCACCCAUACACCCUCCUCGCCCGCGACGACCCGCGAAUCAAAGAACAAUCGAAGCUGGUCAUCGUCGUUGGUCAAGUUCGGGGGAAAAUAAGGAGUGGGUUUUUUGGUUUGGAAGGUGGGGGGAAAAGAUGGCUCAAGCAGUGGAGGAAUGGUAUAAGCAGAUGCCCAUCAUCACUCGCUCCUACCUCACCGCCGCAAUCGUCACCACCAUCGGUUGCUCUCUCGAGAUAAUAUCACCUUAUAACCUUUACUUGAAUCCAAGGCUUGUGUUCAAGCAAUAUCAGUUAUGGCGCCUCGUCACCAAUUUCCUGUACUUCCGCAAGAUGGAUCUGGACUUCUUAUUCCACAUGUUCUUUCUUGCUCGGUACUGCAAGCUUCUUGAAGAGAAUUCUUUUAGGGGAAGGACAGCUGAUUUCUUUUACAUGCUCUUAUUUGGCGCCUCUGUGUUAACUGGAAUCGUUCUUAUUGGAGGAAUGGUCCCUUAUGUAUCAGAAUCAUUUGCAAAAAUUAUAUUUCUUAGCAACUCACUGACUUUCAUGAUGGUUUAUGUGUGGAGCAAGCAAAAUCCUUUUAUCCAUAUGAGUUUCUUGGGUCUCUUUACAUUUACAGCAGCUUACCUACCAUGGGUUCUUCUGGGAUUUUCAGUCCUUGUAGGUGCAAGUGCUUGGGUGGAUUUAUUGGGAAUGAUAGCUGGUCAUGCCUACUACUUUCUUGAAGACGUGUAUCCACGGAUGACUGGUCGUCGGCCCCUAAGAACCCCGUCAUUUAUCAAGGUCCUAUUUGCUGAUGAGGCUGUUGUGGUUACACGGCCAGCGGCCGUGAGAUUCGCUGCCCCUCCUGCUGAGGAAGCUCACCAAGACUGAUGGCAUGGAUAAGCCAAGACAAGAAGAUUCUAAGGUUCAGCUUAUUCUGCUGUUGAUCUGAAGCCAGAAAUCACAAGGAUAGCUGAACAGUUCUGGUCCCUUAGUGUAGAAAAACACUCCUGCGCGUGCUUGUAAUUAACCCUCAUCUGCUUUUGAGCUUAACCUGAAAUAUGCUAAAUAUGCUAUUCGGAUUUUGAAGUUGA